AUGGCGCUAUACUACGAAUCCGUUGACGCAUCUGACGCAGUACAAGAUGUGACAGUACCGUGCCCCCUUACGCCAAGCGGCCUGUGCUCGCUAAAUGGCGCUUGUCGAAAGGGUGCUUGCUCGUGCUUCAGUGGAUUUGUGGGGGAAAGUUGCAGUAAUGCAGUCAUAUGCCCCAAAGAUUUUACAACGUGCACCGUAUCGACGUGCGAUCCCAUUUGCUCUCAAUCGACUAGUGAUGUGAUUGUGGUGAGCGUGAAUGGAGAUGAUACUCAAGGAACAGGGAAGCUUAUGGAUGCUUCUGGGUCUGGAACCGACCCAAAGGCUGUUCAAUCGCUCAGACGCGCUCUAGAACUCGCAAAACCAAAUCAAACGAUAUUGCUGUAUCCAGGCGUCUAUCGCGGGAGCGGUAACUGUAGUGUCACGGUAUCGACCUCUGACAUUCUCAUCCGUGGGUUGAGAGGGCAAGCAGUGACGAUCAUUGACUGCCAAAGUUUAUGGCGUGGCCUGAUGAUUAGUGGCGUUUCCGUUCGACUCGCUGGAUUCACGCUGCAGAACACUUUGGCAGCAAGCAACAAUAAUGGUGCUGCCAUUAGCGCUUCAAAGGCCAGUAUCCAAAUGGAGAAUGUCUACAUUAAAAAUGGAAAGUCUCUCCAGAAUGGCGGUGGAAUUUAUGCGUAUCAAUCUGACCUGAAGUUUACCAGUUCCAAGCUUUCAAAUUGCUCUGCUGUCGCGAAAGGAGGCGCAAUAUUCAUGGAUAGUUCGAAUCUGUCACUAGUUCAGUCCUUCGUAGAGCUUUCGUCGGCGAGUCAAGGCGGCGGUAUCUAUGCCCAAAACAGCGUUACAGUUCAAGGCGAUGGAAACAGCACCAUUUCGAACAACACUGCUGCGCAAAAUGGAGGUGGGAUCUGUGCAUCGGGAAGUUUUAAUGGAACUAUACUGAGCCUGAUCCAGAAUAAUGCGUCGGUUGGAGCCGGGAUAGCUGCCAUUAGCGGGAGUUCAACCCUUUCGAAGGUGAAUAUUACCCAAAAUCGCGCAAUUAACGAUGGAGGAGGCAUCGCGCUGUUAAACACCGCAAAUGUGGCUGUUUACUACUCCCCGAUACGAAUGAAUCAUGCCGAGCGCUAUGGCGGUGGCGUUUACGUGUUAUCGAACGGAACCUUCGACAAUAAAGGGGCUUCGGAAAUCUUCAAGUGCACUGCAGGUAAGGGGAUAGAAGGAGAUGCAUAUACGUGCUUUCGAAUAAGAGACUGA